AUGAGCAUGAACGUUUUCCGAUUGCUCGCGGAUCUGGCACAUAUUUCGUCAAAAUGUAUCUUGAUCUGGGCUAUUCACCGGAAUAACAGCUCUGAGGGAGUCUCGCUUCUAACACAGAUUCUAUACGGCCUCGUUUUCCUGACGAGAUAUCUCGACCUGUUCAGCACCUCGCAUUGGGCAUUCUAUCACGCAUACAACAUCUUCUUUAAGCUAUUCUACAUAUUCUCAUCUCUCUAUAUCAUCUACGUGAUGAUAUAUGUUUUUCCCCGAACACGCGAAAGAGAGAAAUCAUGGAAGUUGGCAUCGUUGUGUUUUUUGGGCGCAUUGGUUGCCGCACCCAGCGCGCUUGGAAUUGAUGCGGCCAUACGCAGAAAGUCCUAUCCUCAUGAGUGGUUCACAGAGACAUGCUGGGCCUUCUCCAUUGUCCUCGAAUCCGUCUGUGUCCUCCCACAGCUCCUCCUCUUACGCCAAACAACUGUGCCAACGGUGAUUGAUUCGUUUUAUUUGGUCGCUCUUGGCUCAUACAGGGCUCUGUACAUCCUGAACUGGCUAAUCCGCGGUUUCGGACCCGAGCAUUACUGGGAUCCAAUUGCCGAUAUCUUUGGCGUUGUCCAGACUUUGUUUUACCUCGACUUCGCUUGGGUAUACUACACACGGCAGCGUGUGAAGCUCCGACGUGGCGGCAUUGUGGAUUCAGAUGACCUUCGAAAGAGUUGGUUUGUGGGGAAGAUUUUGAAUUCCCGGAGGAUCAAUACUCAUGACGAUGAGAACGAGCCGUUGGACCCUGAAGCCGCCGGGGAAGAAGAGUCUCGCCCACGCUGGGGUGGAAGAGGCAUUUCUGUCUCAGCUGAUGAUACGCUUGAGAAUCAUGGCCGACGUUCACCUGAGUCAUAA